AUGAGACCUGUCGUCAAGAGUACACCAAUAUUAUGCAGUCAGACAAAGUCGUGGAAAUUGGGUGGACGAGAUAUUAUUGCAGAUUCGAAGGGUUUUGUUUUAUUAGUAGCACUAAUGCCUAUGGAAUGCGAACACUGUCACGAACAAUUAAUGAAAUUCCAAACAGUAAUGGAGACACUGCCGGAAAUAAGGAUUGUUGUUAUAACUCCCUAUGAUGAGAAUCCUCGUCUGAUUGAGCGCUAUCGAAAGGAGUUCUCUCGUGUUGCAAUCGGUAUAGAGUCGUUGGAUGAACGAAUCUGGGACACGUUAUCAGGAUCUGGCCAUGAUCAUUUUAUUUAUGAUCGAUGUGGUCGUCUAGCCAGCGUUAUUCGGCAUCCAAAAAGUGACACAUCAAAAUUUGAACAUACACUACGGGCACUGAAAUCAGCUAUUAGCUAUGCCCAAUGUGGUUGGUGCCAAUACGACCCACCUGACCUACCUCAGGAACCUGUCAUUACAACUUAUGCUUCUUUUACACGCAAAGGAAAAACAAGAAGGCCUCGUAUUAAAGCAGUGGUAUAUCCACAAAAUGGUAGAGCAGAUACGUUGAGUUCGGAUCACCGAUCAACACUUGAUCAGGAACGUUUUGCCUCGCGAUUUAAUACAGUAACCUCAGUACGCGAUUAUGUUGCUCCCUCCAAUAUCACUUCUCCAUCAGUGACUAUUGAAAAUCAUCAAAAGGAGAUGGUCGCUAGAAGCGAAUCACAACAACAGCAGCGAGUAUCAAUGCAUAAACAAGGAACAAUUUCGCAGCAAACACAACCAGAAUUCGAAAUUGGUCAAGGAAGGGUCACAACUAAGUCGAACAAUGACUGGCAAGCAUCAAGUGGGUGGAUAAGAUCACGAUCGUUUUCCAAUCAAAAAGAUCAAGAUGGAAGUCAACAGCAGCAAUGGAAAAAAGAAGAGCAGCAUCGAAAAGAGAAAAAUAAAAGAAAACAGGAGCAAGAGCAUUUAGAACAAUUACGUAUUCAACAGGAACAUCAACAAAGAAUUCGGGAGCAGGAAGAGGAACAGAGGAAGAUUCAGGAACAACGACGAUUUCAGGAAAUGCAAAGGCAGUAUGAAGAACGACAAAAUCAAGAACAACAAAGAUUUCAACAACAAGAACUUGAAAAAAGAAUCGAAGAACAGCGAAAAUUGCAUGAACAAAAAACAGUAAGCGAAUUUUACACUGAUGUAAGUGCUGAAGAACAUCAACGUCGGUUCGAUUCAAAAGAUAAGAAUAAUUGGAGACAAUUCGAAGUUUUAUCACAUCAACAGCAUCUUCAAGAGUAUGCAAAGACAACGAUAGUACCUUUUGGUUCCAAUAAUCCAGCAGCGAAAACUUCAAUUCUGUAUGACGUAGGAGAUGGAGAAAGUGACUAUGAUUAUUCGCAGGCAGCCAGUGAAACAACUAUCAUUCCAACUAAAAUGACACAAAUCCUGAAUACAAAACCUCUAGAACACUCGCAAUUUUUAUUCGAGCAUCAAGUACCGUGCGCUGCUUUUACAGAUCACGUAUGCAUCGAGCAGAAAAAAAGAAUUGGUGCAGAUAAGAUGAGUAAAUGCUGUGAUAAAGGGAUUUACUUAACGGAUAUAUGUGUACCGGGACGUUGCACAAAUGCUACUAUUGAAUUGUGUUGCAUGCAGAAAUUUCUCCAGUCUAAAUACAAAUGCUGUCUGAACGAUAGUACUGCAAUUAACUCACCCGGCGAUGCAUUCAGUCGUUGUUGCUUCCAUAAAUUUGUACAAGAUAAUGAUAAAUGUUGUCCAGCUCGUCGUGCCAAAUUUCACUGGUUGACAGCAUAUGAAAUAUGUCUACCCAAUGUUCGGGUUGAUCUAAGUAGUUUGCGAUUCUCGGUACAUUCUAUUAACAAUGUCGAUAUCGACAGCGGUAAUCAGGCAUUGAAUGAUGUGAUAACAAUAGAUCUAAAUGCAGACAGAUCAUGGGAUCACAGUUGUGAACAAGGUGCCAAGGUGUUACAGUUCCCUUAUUUACCCAAUGAUAAACUUGGUAAUGAGAAAGAGGGCGAUGAAAAUAGUGAGGGAAACAGAUAG